CGUUAAAAAAAUAAAUAAAUAUCCCUUAGAAAACAUGUAACACGCCUCACAUGUGUCUAACUCAGAAAAGCCAUGAUAGUAUUAUCAAUCGAUAACCCUAAUUUCAUUGCUUUGUGUCUUCUUAGAUAAAGGUGCGAAUAAUAUUUUUUUAAGAAAUCGGAUCAUAAACGCUUUUUAGGAGUAGAAAUAUAUAUUUUCUUAUACAUAGGUAACAAAUAGGUUAUAACUUUGAACAAGAACCAUUAGUAUAGAUAUGACAUCUCGUCUAGGCAAUCUCCGGCUUUACAAGUUUGAUGUGCCUUCUUACUCUAACGCCGGAGUUGUAUUAGUUACUCAAGAAGAUCGACAAUCGGGUUGUGGAUUUCGAUUGAAGCGAUAUACGAGACAACGACAAAGAGAUUCAAAGGCUGGAUUGUCCAAAUCAUUUGUAGAGUUAUUAGGUCGUGUCUUCCUUUUUGCCGAGAAGGAUUCCAACAUAACUAAUCAGAUCCUUACUUACUUAGUCACCAACUUCUCUUUCAAGGAUCUUGAUAUCGUACCUCCCCCGUGUCCCGUUUUUUUGUUUCACUUCCAUAUAAGAGAGUUGCAUCAGAAAGAUCCUGCUCCACAGAUUGAUAUCAUGGAAGCUGUAAUAAAUGUGUUAAGACUCGCUGACCCUAUGUUGGAUGUAGAAGAUGCCAUUGGAGAUACAUUUGUGCGGGUGCUCCCAAUAGCUCCAACCACGACGGAAAUCGUAGAUUGUUACCGAGGUAGAGACUUGUGCUUUCUUUGUGAAAAAGGGUAUCCCAAAGAAAAAGAGAUUGUUUACAAAACAGUAUGCAAUAACAUAUUUCAUGCUACUUGCAUCUCAAGUCACUUGUGGCGUACUCCUCAAUGUCCUGUUUGCUCCCGAGAAUUGCUACCUGUCGGCAUCCGAACUCUACUCUUCAAGGCUUGAUUUACUAUGUUAGGAAAAUAUUUAUUCGCGGUUGUAUAUCCAAGUUUUGAUUUCAUUGUUUCUUGUUUCUUUUUUAAUGGGAAGAGCGAAAACGUUUGUUAUAUACUUAACAACAUAUUUUCUCUGACUA